AUGUCCACACUUUCCGACUAUGAGCUUCCUCUCACUCCGGACCAGGAACAUUAUCUCAAGAAGGAGUUACUGAACAUUCAAUUGCAUAGGGAAUUCAACAAGAUAUCACCAACGUACCAUGAUAUCACGGGGCUGCGCAGAUUUGGCCCUCCGUUCUGGCCGUUCGAUCCCAAGAAACCGCCUGCAAACAAGGACGAUGCUAUCAAAGCGUCGGCCGAUUUGGUUGAUUAUUACGAUGCUCAAUUCCCCAUGCUGAGACAUUUCUUUACGGAGUUUGUGAUGACAUUCCCUUUCAUAGAACACUAUACGCGCGCUCACGGAGAUGGCUUGUGGGUGGAUAAGUUCCAGAAGUUCUUUGAGAUUUGGAAAUCCAAGCAGAUAAGCAACAGCAACGACCGUGGAGAACUCUCCAAGAGAAAGCUUGUGCUCCAAAAGUUCAUCUCGUUCAUGCUCAUGCUCUACAACUCGUCGCUGGUCACCCUUGGAGACGACAUCUAUUUCAACAAGGAUGCCACCAGGAACAGCUACAGGAAGCUGGGCAAGGUAAUGCCUCUGGAGCUUGACCUCAAGGAGGUGUUGAGACAGGAGGACCAUUUCAUCAAUGGCUUGGCAGUGAACGUUUGCGGUGUUAGCCAGGGUCGCGAAGAGACCAAGAUCAAGAAGAUCACCGGGUUCUGGAGUCGAUCCACCACUCCUAAAAUGUCCACUUUCUACCAGUUCAUUAUCCAAAUAAAAAGCAACAAGAGCCACGACGAGACUUUCUAUGUGAGGCGAAGAUAUUCUGAUUUUGUCAAGUUCGAUCAUCAGCUGGGAAGACAGUUUCCUGGUCAAGAUUUGCCUGUUCUUCCGUCAAAACUCAAGAUUUCAACCGAAAUUGAGGUGGCUGGGGUGGAUGAUAACGAUUUCCAACUAAGUGAUAAUGACUCAGAGAUCAUACCGGAUCAGUCCCUUGAAGAAAUUUUGGGUUUGGAGAAGAAAGCUGCCGAAUCUGUGAAGAUGGAGGGUCCUGAAAUCUCCACCGGACAAUCUAGUACAACAGAAAGCUUUAGAGAAGUCUCUGUUACAAAAUUACCCAGGGAGAAGCUUCGGGUUGCUUUGAGGGGUUACAUUUCCCAGCUCUUGCGCGUAUCUGCUGUGAGAAAUUCACCCUUAUUUGUGGAGUUUGUGAGUGCUGAAAAGUUCAGUCUUCCCACCGAAGAAGAGCUGAUGGAUAUAGAACAAAGGCAAAAGCUCGAUGAUCUCAUUGUAAUCCAACAAGUUAAGUUUCAGCAGGAAACGGUUCGUUUCAUUGGUGAACUGCAGCUUACGAUGAACUCGUUGAAAGACAAAGUAUUGAACGGAUCCGAGAAUACAAGCAUUGAAGAUUUGGACACUGGGUCUGGACUGAUAGCUGUUUUCCGGGAAAUUGGAACUGCAGACACGAUUGAUAAACUAUCGCCCUACUUGAGGGCCUUCAUAGAUGUUGCCAAGAUAGAAGUUGCUUCCACCAUCUACGAGAUUCUGAUUGCCAAUGACAACUCGAUGGCCAAUCUUCACAUCUUCAAGAGACUACAUAUGUUCUUUCCUUACAGGUUCGUUGCGACAAUUCUGAGGUUCACCAAUCCCAUGCAAAUAGCCAAAAAACUGAUUGAUCUCUUCACUCUUCAGUCUCCCCUGACUCUUGGUUUUGGUUCUGGAAUGUCGUUGUUGCAGAUGAUGUUCACCGGAAUAUUAAACGAUGAUUUGAAAAAGUUGGAGAAGGAGAUUGAUCUGAUCACAGAGAAGGUCAGCUCGUACGAUAAAAAGGGAAAGCCUUUGAAGCUCGGCACAAACAGCUAUGCUCUCAUUAUAGAAAAGAUCAACGAGUAUCUUUCGGCCAAGGAUGAGAUCGUUAUUGAUAUCAAAGAAACCUGCAGAGAGCAUAACCUUGAUCUUCCUUUGGGUAUUUUGAUGAAUAACAAUGGUCUUGAGACAAAGAUCAACCAGAAUGUGUUAAUUGCAGUUGUGGAAUCGUACAAGAGCUGGGUGGUCUUCGUGAGACUGAACGAGUCACAUACAGAUUAUGACGACAAUACUGACUCUGCGGUGUUUGACAAAUUAUCAAAGUCGGCUGAUCUCUAUGUCAACAUUAAAGCUUAUUUUAAGAGUUGUUUAAGGAAGCGUGAUAAGGAUGGGAUGAGGGAGUUAUGGGAGGAACCCGAACUCGUAAGGCUUGUUAAAGAGCUGAUCUCCAUAUUUUUCGAACCGUUGAUCAAAAUCUUUACAAAAGCCCAACUAUAUCUCUAUAUACCCAUAGUACGCGAGUUCAACAGCGAGUUGAUCAAACUGAUUGACAACUAUCAUAACGACUACAACUCGCUGAUGGGUAAGGGCAACAAUGUGGUGAUGCAGUUCAUGUCUUUACUGACCAAAUACCAGGACCAUCUCUAUAGAUUUAUUCACCACCUCUACAUUUCAGAUUUGGCGAAUCCAGAUGGACAAGUUUUUCAGGGUUUGAUUGAAUGGUUUAACAAAUUUGUUCUCUUGCUCAACUUCGUCAAAAAGCAAAAGCCGGAACUGAAGAUGGACCUGACCAAAAAAGUCAAUGAUCUUCUGAGAUCGCAAAAGAACUUGCCUGAGGGAGACCCACGCAAAAUAGAUAAGGACAAGUUGAUAGACCAGAUUAUCAAGAUCAUCAGUGAUGUCCAAUUAAAGCGCAAGGCCUACGACAAAGUGUUGGAGGAGCAGUCUAAUGGAGAUGGGCAGUUGAAUGAAAAGGACAUUUUUGCUGCAGAUAGGAAAAAAGUGGUCACCCAAAAUUGGCAAAAGAUCAAUCAGAAUUUCAAUAGCAUCUUCGAAGGUGAAGGUGGCGAGGCUAUGAAGAUGACCGGCCUGGUGGGUAGCGACUUGGACGAGUUGAACAUGGAAUUUUUAGAGGAUGCAGAGAGGGAGAAGGAGGACAGUAUUGCUGUUCAGCUACCCAGUGAGCAGUUUUUGAAAGUCAUAGGAGCCAAGACCAAGAGCGAAGAGGCCAACAAGUCUUAUAUCAAAUCUGAGGAGUUUGAGGACGUUUAUGAUAACUCUGAGAUAUUGAAGCUCAGUGAUAUGUUUAGCGAGAUGGUUGAAAAGGUUAUUAGGGAGAUCCCCAAAUUCUGA